AUGGCGACUGCAAUACCACUCUUCGCCUCUUUCAAGUACGCCGAUAGUCUCACCGUCGUCGGAAUCUCCUUCUGCACGGCGUUGAUCUGCGAAGGAAUCUCAUGGAUCCUAAUCUAUCGCACAAACUCCUACAAAUCCUUAAGAUCCUCCAUCGACAAAGCCUCUAAGAAGCUCGAGACCAUGAAGACUGAUAAUCCUUCCUCGAAGCUAACCAACAAGAAAUCAAAAACGAAGAAAAUCGAUCGCGUUGAAACCAGCUUAAAGGAAUCGAGCCGAGAUCUGUCUCUCUUCAAGUUUAAAUCGGGCGCCGUUGUGGCUUUGGUUCUCUUCGUCGUCUUCGGAUUGUUGAAUUCGCUCUUCGAAGGGAAAGUCGUCGCGAAGCUUCCGUUUCAUCCGAUUACGAUUGUGAGGAAGAUGAGUCAUAGGGGGUUGAAAGGUGAAGAUUCUACGGAUUGUUCCAUGGCUUUUCUUUAUCUGCUGUGUUCAAUUAGUAUAAGAACCAAUCUGCAGAAGUUUUUAGGGUUUUCUCCGCCUAGAGGAGCUGCUGGAUUGUUCCCAAUGCCCGAUCCAAAGACGAAUUGA